GCAUCGGAUAGUAGGCCCCCAAUAUCUAUAUAAAACUGCUCAAGGCAGAGAAUAGUUAAAAAGGACAGAGACGGCGAGAGGAAGGGGGCAGAGGAACUGGGCUGCAGACUUUUCCUGCGGACCAUUCGCCUUUAUGAUCGCCACAAAAGUUAUGGGAAGCCCCUAGUCCCCCGCUACCCCAGCAGAGGUGCUUUGCCGGGUGACAAGCGACAAAGGGCAUCCGGCUGCAGCAGCCGCGGCUGGGAGCCGAAGAUGUUGCUGGCGGGGAUCAGCCUGUUGUCCUGGCUCGAAGCUGCGCUCGCUGCCUUUCUGGCCCUGGGGCUUCUCCUCACCGUGUCCCGGCACUUGUGGACUCUCCGGUGGACUCUGAGCAGGGACCGGGGCAGCGCUCUGCCCCUCCCCAAAGGCUCCAUGGGGUGGCCGUUCUUCGGGGAGACCCUGCACUGGCUCGUCCAGGGCUCCAGCUUCCACAGCUCCCGCCGGGAGAAGUACGGCCCCGUGUUCAAGACCCACCUGCUGGGCAAGCCUGUCAUCCGAGUGACCGGGGCCGAGAACAUCCGCAAGAUCCUGCUGGGGGAGCACAGCCUGGUCAGCACCCAGUGGCCCCAGAGCACCCAGAUCAUCCUGGGCUCCAACACCCUGCUCAACUCCAUCGGCGAGCUGCACCGCCAGAGGAGGAAGAUCCUGGCUCGAGUCUUCAGCCGCGCUGCCCUGGAGAGCUACCUCCCCGGGAUCCAGAAGGUCGUGAGCUGGGAGCUGCGGGGCUGGUGCAGGGAGCCUGGCUCCGUCGCGGUUUAUUCCUCCGCUAAAACUUUGACUUUCCGCGUUGCAGCUCGGGUUCUGUUGGGCCUCAGCCUGGAAGAAAAGCAGUUUAAGGACCUGGCCAAAACCUUUGAGCAGCUGGUGGAGAACCUGUUCUCCUUGCCCCUGAACAUCCCGUUCAGUGGGCUGCGCAAGGGGAUCAAAGCCCGGGAUCUCUUACAUGAGUACAUGGAGAAAGCCAUAAUGGAAAAACUACAAAGAAAGAACUCGGAAGGUCAUCGUGAUGCUCUGGAUUUCUUAAUAAACGGUGCCAAGGAGCAUGGCAAAGAAUUCACCAUGCAGGAGCUGAAGGAGUCAGCGAUUGAGCUGAUAUUUGCUGCUUUCUUCACCACUGCUAGUGCCAGCACUUCUCUGAUCCUUCUGCUACUGAAACACCCCUCGGCGGUAGAAAAAAUAAGACAGGAACUGGUGUCCCAUGAAUUGCAUAGGCACUGCCAUUGCCUUUCGCCUGCAGUCUCCCAAAAGAACCACCCAUAUAUUGAACCCUGCCAAGAUACACCGAUGGUCCAGGAGAAAGAGAGGAAGGACAGUGACUCUCAACAGCGUCUCCUCUCCACGCCAGAAGGGACGCCGAAGAAUCAAAGUCAGCAACUUGAUCUAAAGGCAGAAGGAGAUGCUGGGGGUGGUUUUAUCCGGCGGCCUCCUCUCCUUAAGGAGCUCACGUUAACCAGAAUGACACAAGAAACAAUUAGUUUGAAUCCAAACGAUCAGUAUUCAAACCACAGGCAAGAGGAAGCCGCCCAGCCGCCCAGCAGGUUCGAGGUGCCCACAGGGCCAGUGGUUCCAGAGGCAGAGUGUCAUUGUCAGCCUGAGAUCAACUUGGAUAAACUGAGCCGUCUGCGCUACUUGGACUGUGUGGUUAAGGAGGUCCUUCGCGUGCUGCCGCCCGUUUCUGGAGGCUAUAGGACUGCCCUGCAGACCUUUGAGCUGGAUGGCUACCAGAUCCCCAAGGGCUGGAGCGUGAUGUACAGCAUCCGAGACACCCACGAGACCGCGGCCGUGUACCAGAGCCCCACCGAGCGCUUCGACCCGGACCGGUUCGGCUCGGCCCGGCAGGAGGGGGCAGGACGCUUCCAUUACAUCCCCUUCGGCGGCGGGGUCAGGAGCUGCAUCGGCCAGGAGCUGGCCAAGGCCAUCCUCAAGCUGCUGGCCAUCGAGCUGGUCCGCACGGCCCGCUGGGAGCUGGCCACCCCCAGCUUCCCCGAGAUGCAGACGGUGCCCAUCGUGCAUCCCGUGGACGGGCUGCAGCUCUUCUUCCACCCGCUGCAGCCCGGCGGCGCCAGCACCCGCCGCCAGGUGUCCCGGGAAGCUUGAGCCUUCGCCGCGGCGGGCUGCGGGCAGGGCGAGGAGCGGACGCCGCAGCAGAUCUCAGAAGGGCCGGGCGUGGGGGACAAGCACCAGGAUUUGUACCGACCGGACACAGAGAGCGCGACACGAGCCCCUGGGCCCGUUUCCUUUUCGCAGCGCCCUGCAGCGGGGCUGGGAUCCGGCUGCUGAGAGGGGGCCUAGCCCAUCCAUCCCCUCCUUCUCGGUGCCCUGCUGCCGCCCACCACGGCAACGGGAGAGGGGCUCGGGAUGCAGCAGCACAUCCGGUGAGAUCUCCCGUUCGUCCGCUUGCACGUUAGAAAGGCUUGGUUUGUGCCAUCCUCACUGCACCCCGGGUGGGGAAAACCAGGGCCCAGAUGCACUCCGAGGAGUCCAAACCACCGAGAAAGAGUCCAAGACCCAAGUAUGCAGUUUCCGUAAACUUGGCUGGGGGAAAGAAACCAACUGUUCUAGAUUUUAAAACAGAAUCCCCGGGGAUUUAGAUUCACCUGCUACCUCUCACCUGACUCUUGAAAGUUUAGGGGAACGCCCUAUCCACUGAACAGCCUUCCAAGCCACACUGUUGCCUGGUCAGCCCCCCUGCCCCCUUCCUUUUGAUCGCAUAGAGAAUAAUGCAGGAAGGAGAGAAAAAUAACCGUCUCUAGCACAUUUUCAUUACAGCGCAUGGCUAGAGAUGGCCUGGAAUUUCCUGUUCCACAUGCAGAAGAGUUAUGCCCUAUGGGACACAUGUAUUUGUAAAGGGGGCAGUGGGUUUUUUCACGUUGGGCCAUAGCCUUUUAGAAAUUUCCAUGGAUAUUUAAAAAGAGAAAAAUCUAAGGGGUCGCUGAAAUCGGACAGGUCCAAACCUGUCAGAUACAUUCCAAUUAUCUGUAACUUUCUGAUAACUCUAAUUUCGGAUAGAUUAAUGUAAAGAGUUUGUAUUUCAUCUCACUCCGACACUUUCCAUUAGAGUCCAUGUGAUAAAGAUGCAUUCUGAUAGUACUGUAUAUUAAUAUUGUACAUUAACACUGUAUCACAGUAAGGACUGUGCUGUUAUUAUUAAGGAUCCAUCAUUAAAUCUCAUUUUCAGAGUAAAUGUGCCCUAGACUAGAGUUUAGUUGCAGGUUGAAACCUGCAUGAGAGAAUCGGGUUUCAACAGGGAAGUGACCUUUUAAAAACAAACAUUUAAAGAGUCAGGACAUUUAACUAUUUGAUUCUGGCUGAAAAGUUCCUGAUUUUAAGAUCGAAACCCAUUUCUUGCGCAUACAAUCUGGUACCUCUUCCAGAAUAAUGAAUUCAAUAUUUAUAGCGAUAUUCACAUUAUAAUAACUAUCAGAGCAGCAUUGAGCAACAAGCCCACUUGUCAUGCAGCAUAUGGUGUACAAUGACUUAAAUAUGGAUUCACGUGGAGUUAAGGUUGGGGGCUGACUUACCUGUUAGAGGGUCUCUGAAUACUGUCCGCAUUGCCAUUUCCUGCUCUUCAAUUCAAGUAUUUUUCUUUUUCCCCUUGUAAAAUAAUUUCUCACAGAUAUUUUGUAAGGGUAAAUGUAAGCCUACCUUUCAUGUCCAUGAAUGGAAAUGGCAGUUACAUUGGAGCGUUGAGAGGAGAGUUUAGGGUAAUACUAAGUAUUAUUUGUGUAGAUCAGUGAAUACAUUAUUUCAUUUUCACCUAGGGCAUGAUGGCAGCCCACCGGUGUCAAUGGAAAGGUUUCGCUGGGCUUUGGCUAAGGCACAUAGUACAUACUGUCCGUGUAAAAGGUGAGGGGAAGCAAGGAAAUGGAAACAUCUGAUAAUUACUUUUCAUACAUUUUGAUGGAAAAUAUGGCUACUCCUGCUCUAGGUCAAGCUCUUGCGUAAUAUUAAAAUGUAUCAGAUCGCUGAGAGGUGGAACAGAACACCACACCUGUUAUUCUGCCUACCUCCCCACACCUGUUAUCUGUGGGAUGAAGUUGCCCUUUGUGAAGGCUGACACAUUGGUUCCUAGGAUAAUUUCUCCAAUGACACUUCUGCCCUAAAUAAACGUUCUUGCCCUUCUGCAAUCGCCCCAAAAAAUGAGGAAAGUCAAAAUAUUUGCCUUAAAUGGUGACCCACUGCCUGAAAACCACCCGGAAUGAUUUAUUAUUCUGUUAGCCAGAGUGUUAGCAGCCACCGCCCAGCUAACUUACCUGGAUCAGUAUUUCUA